AUGCAGUUUAACGAUUAUAUGAAGUACUUAGAUUUGGCAUGUCAGAUGGCUGGCCUACCACGCUAUCAAUGGGCUAAACGGUCUUUAGGCAAGGAUUCGUACAAAUUGGGCAGAAAGGUCCUCCUCAUAUUGGGUAGCAUUGGUUCGUUCUAUCAAAUUAUUGGUGUUUUUUUAUAUUGGUACUUUUACGAGCGCAUGGAAAAGGACACGGCUACAUUUGUGGCCGGAAUCGGAGAUAUGUGCGGAUCUCUGAUGCUAACUAUUGUGGGAUUCUCCAAUAUAUAUGCCCUGGUGAAGAACCAUACUAAGAUCGAGGCGUUGCUUGAGGAGCUCCACGCGAUAUUUCCCGAUCCCGAAGAAAGGCACUAUCGCUGUCAGCAUUACUACAAAACAGCAAUUUUUAUAAUGCAAAUCGAGUUCAGAUUCUAUAUGAUAUUCUUCACGUAUUACAAUAGUGCGCCUCUCUUGAUGCUUCUCUGGGAACAUCAGAAAGAGGGCCAGGAGCUGAGCUUCAGGACGCAGACCAACACCUGGUUUCCCUGGAGAGUCCACGGUUCGGCCCUGGGAUUUGGAUUGGGUUACCUAACCAUAGUCUUUGCUUCGUGCGUGGGCGUGGGCUUUAGCAUAGCCACCCAGAACUUGGUAUGCCUAUUCGCCUUCCAGUUGAAGAUGCACUACGAUGCCUUGGCCAGUCAGUUACUGAACCUUGAUUCUCGACAUCCGGAAUCCAGCAAGAAGCUGAGAAUACUGAUUGCCUACCAUAUUCGCAUUCUUCAGAUCGCAGACCAAUUCAAUGCCCUUCUGAAUUUCAAUUUUUUAAGCAGUCUCUUUGGCUCCACGAUUGCCAUUUGCAUGACGAGUGUCGCCGUUCUCCUGCUGGAUUUGGCAUCAGCCUUUAAGGCAAUCAGUGGCCUUGUGGCCUUUGUCCUUUAUCAGUUUAUCAUAUGCUACUUGGGCACUGAAGUUACCUUGGCGAUUGAGGGAACGCUUAAGAAGCUUCAAGACCUAUAUCCCAGAUCCGCCAGACAAAAGCACUAUUGCUGCCAGCACUACUUUAGGUUGCCAUUACUUCUAAUGAAGCUCCAGUAUAUGUUUUUUGUGAUGUUCUGCGUGUAUCACAAUGGAUUUUCCAUCUUCCGGCUUCUAUGGAAAUAUCUAUCGGAGACACAAAGCGUGAGUUUCAGGGCGCAGACCAAAUCGUGGUACCCGUGGAAGGUCCAAGGUUCAGCAGUCGGAUACGGUGCAGCUUUUUUAUAA